AUGUGCCCGAGAGCUGAGGGCGUCGCCGCAUCCUGUUCGUACAAGCGACGUGUUCCCGGCACAUUUAUCUCAAUCUCGGCUGAGUGCCGGAGGGCAAGAGUGCAACACGACUCGUCUGACCGGUAUCCCUCCCCUCUCUACCGCAAACCAGUACGCCUAGUCCACACCCAAGGGCCCGCGGCCCGUUGCUCCGACAAGAUUGAAGAU